CGGUGCCGUUUCACUCCCCUCCCGGCGGCUGAGCCUUCCCCCAGAAGGCAGAGCCAUGUGAGAGGGACCCGCGCCGCCUCCGCCGGUACGUCCGGGAUGUGAACAGCCGCGCGGCCGCCCCUGGGGCAGGAGUCACGCCGGCGUCCAGCCCUGCCCCGGGCCAGCAUGACCGAGGUUAAAGCCAAGGAACCCCGGCCACCGCCGCCGGCCAGAGACGGGGCGGUCCUGCUGCAGGGCCAGCCCGGCCGAGACUCCUUCCGCAGGGAAGCGGAGGCCAUCGACAUCUCCCUAGACGGACUGAUCUACCCCAAGAACAGCGACGAGGAAGAAGAGGAGGAGGAGGAAGAGGACGAGCCGGGGCAGCAGCAGCAACAGCAGCCGGACGAGGAGCAGGACCGGGACUCCCUCUCCUACCGUCCGGCGAGCGGUUCUCUCUCGGACACGGUUCUGGACACCUUCCUGGUGCCCACAGCUGAUGCCAGCUCCGCCGUGCCCUCGGCGCCCUGGUCAUUCUUCGGGGCUGAGGCGGCGGAGGCACCCGACGACGCCAUGAACCGCUGCCCCUCGCAGAAAGCGGGCGAAGCCGCCCCAGGACCGCCUGCCCCCUCGCAACCCCCUCCGCGGCCCGUCCCUCUCUGGCCUGCCGACGAACCGCUGACGGCCGCCGCAAAACCGCGUCCAUCGGGCCCGGGGGGCGGUGCGGAGGGCCCCGGUGCGGCUCCUAAGGGCGAUGCGCGAGGUGGGGACGCGGGUCAGGAGUACCUGCACGUACCUCUACUGCCGCUCAACUCGGCCUAUCUGGCCUCGCGCACGCGGCAGCUGCUGGACGUGGCGGAGUUCGACGGCGCCGCCGCGGUGCCGCGCUCGCCGCUGCCCGCCGUGGAUCUGCCGGGAUACAGUUACCCGCCGCCCGACGGCAAGGACGGGCACUUCGCAUACGGCGACUUCCAGCCGGCUCUGAAGAUCAAGGAGGAGGGGCUCGGCCUCCCCACCCCUUACCCGGGCGGCAGGGCUACCCCAGCCCCGGGCUGCGCUGACUUCCCGCAGUCCCCGCGGGCCGGGCCGGAGCCGUCGCUGGAGUGCGUCCUUUACAAGACGGAGCCCACCCUCCUCGCCGGGCCCUACGGGCCGCCGGCGGUGGUAGCGCCGCCCGACAGCCUGCCUUCCACCUCGGCCGCGCCGCCGGGCCUCUACCCGCCCCUGGGUCUCAACGGGCACCAGCCCCUGGGGUUCCCGGCGGCGGUGCUGAAGGAGGGCUUGCCCCAGCUGUGCCCGCCCUAUCUCGGCUACGUCCGGCCAGAUACAGAAACCAGCCAAAGUUCUCAAUACGGCUUUGAAUCGCUACCCCAGAAGAUUUGUCUCAUCUGCGGUGAUGAGGCUUCUGGUUGCCACUAUGGAGUACUCACCUGUGGGAGUUGUAAAGUCUUCUUUAAAAGGGCAAUGGAAGGGCAGCACAACUAUUUAUGUGCUGGAAGAAAUGACUGCAUAGUUGAUAAAAUUCGUCGGAAGAACUGUCCAGCAUGUCGCUUGAGGAAGUGCUGUCAAGCCGGUAUGGUCUUGGGAGGUCGAAAAUUUAAAAAGUUUAACAAAAUCAAGGUUGUGAGAGCAUUAGAUGCUGCACUCCAGCAGCCAGCGACCCUUCAAGAUGAAAGCCAGUCUCUUACCCAAAAGCUGUCCUUUUCUCCAAAUCAAGAAAUACAGUUUGUUCCCCCAAUGAUAAGUGUCUUAAGAGGCAUUGAGCCAGAAGUUGUCUAUGCAGGUUAUGACAAUACAAAACCUGAAACACCAAGUUCCUUGCUGACCAGUCUAAAUCAUCUUUGUGAGAGGCAACUUCUUUGUGUGGUCAAAUGGUCUAAAUUGCUACCAGGAUUUCGGAAUUUACAUAUCGAUGAUCAGAUAACCCUCAUCCAGUACUCAUGGAUGAGUCUAAUGGUUUUUGCAAUGGGAUGGAGAUCAUACAAACAUGUCAGUGGUCAGAUGUUGUAUUUUGCACCAGAUCUGAUUCUAAAUGAACAGAGGAUGAAAGAGUCAUCGUUCUAUUCCCUGUGCCUAUCCAUGUGGCAACUCCCACAGGAAUUUGUCAGACUUCAAGUUAGCCAAGAAGAGUUUCUGUGUAUGAAAGCGCUGUUACUCCUCAACACAAUUCCUUUGGAAGGUCUAAGAAGCCAAAGCCAAUUUGAUGAGAUGAGAACAAGUUAUAUUAGAGAACUGGUGAAAGCAAUUGGUUUGCGCCAGAAAGGCGUUGUGGCCAACUCGCAGCGUUUCUAUCAGCUUACAAAACUGAUGGAUUCCAUGCAUGAUCUAGUGAAACAGCUCCAUCUCUUCUGUCUGAACACAUUUCUCCAGUCCCGUGCACUGAGUGUUGAAUUCCCUGAGAUGAUGUCAGAGGUGAUUGCUGCCCAGCUACCCAAGAUUCUGGCAGGGAUGGUGAAGCCUCUUCUCUUUCACAAAAAGUGAAAUGUCUUUUCUCUUAUCAUAGAGAUGAUUUCUGGGUCAUUUUUUUGUUUGUUUAUUUUGGUCAAGAUUUUGCAAUGUCAAGACUUCAGUGUAUUUGUCACACUUAACUCUGCCUACUGCUUUAUACUUGUAACAUACACAAGCCGUUUAAGCUUGAUGUACAUAUUGUGCGUCCCUGAUUCCUUAACUGCAAAAACCACAACAGUCGUAAGAAAUGUUUUGUAAACUUGGCUAGGUUGCUUUUAAGAUAUGUAUAAGAGUGACAAUGAAUAGAGUUGUCAGAUUUCUAAGAACAGUUAUCUUAAACAUUUUUCUUACAUACUACACGCUCUCAAAUUUCUGAUACGACAUGGUGUGAACUUUUUACUUUAAUACACUGUGUGCAUGGCUGCAUGUGGGCAUGUGUAUAAUACAGGAUUUUGGAGGAUUAAAAAUAAAUAUUACCCACAUUUUCUCACAGAUAUUUCACUUUUUAUUAAUUAAUCUGACUCACAGAAAUAUCUUUUCAAAGUCAGCUGUCCGGGAUUACAUAGUUGUUGCUCACCUUCAUGAGUAACUAAAGUGUUAGGCACAAAGUAUCCAUUCAUACUCUUGUCUGUGCUCAUCCUGUGUUGAAACGCUGAGUUCAGUAUGCUGUUCGCUGCACCGUUCAGUGUCGCUCUCCUUCAAAAAUAGGAAAGCUUAGUAAAAUUUCAGUGUAUAUUACAACAGAAGUAAUGAGUGUGCAGACCUGCUAAGCUUUGGUUUAUGUUAUUUUCCUUUAAAGUUUAGCAUUUACUAAAGCUUAAUCACUUGGCUGUAAUCCUCAAUUCAUCAACUUCACAAUUCUGUAUUUCAGAAGCUUUAAGUAGAGAUGUCUUCACUGACUACAACUCUUAAUAAUCUUAAUGUUUUGAAUUCCAAUGCUGAAUACUCAAACAGCUAUUAACAUCAAAUUAUAGUGAGAUUAAGUGCAAAAAAGAAAUUGAAAAGAUGACAUUUUGAUACACAUCAGGCUCAUUUCAGUGCUGUUUAGUGGAGCUGCAUAUUUUAUAUUUUAAAGUCAUGCCACUAUAAUUGGGGUAACUCUAAAAGAGGAAUUAGACUAUGUUAGCUUUAUACAUUAAAGAAGAAUGUAAUGUUUUACCACAAAAAUAUUUGACUGAAAAAAAUGUGAUGUUUGUUUCUUUGAUGUGGAUAUAAAGCAGCUCAUGCAUUUAAGGCAGUAAAUUGUGUAUAUAUUCAAAAACCAGAGAAACAGAUAAAGCACAAGAACUUAUGAAUCUAUUAAAAUACAACAAAUUUUGCUAGUCAGUAAAAAUUAUACUGAAAUUCUCCAACAGUUUAGGAAAUCACAGAAUCACAGAAGGGUUGAGGUUGGAAGGGACCACUGGGAUUCAUCUAGUCUGACCUCUCUGCUAAAGCAGGGUUGCCUACAGCACAUUGCUGACUAUUGUGUCCACACAGGUGUGGAAUAUCUCUUAGGAAGGAGACUACACAACCUCUCUGGGCAAGCUAUUCCAGUGCUCAGUCACCUUCACAGUAAAGCUCUUCCUCGUGUUCAGGUGGAAUUUCCUGUGGUUUAGUUUAUGCAUGAAAUGGCAAGUCUUAGUUCAGUACUUGCUGGCCAUAUGGUUUUGCUCUUCUCCAUUCCAUGCUGGAUGCAUCCAUCGUGUGAUAGCAUAACGUUGAUGAUGUGUAGGUUCAUCUUCAUAGACGUAAUAUCCUUGUCACCUGAACGAAGUCCCAUGGGACAUAAGAUCAGAUCAGGGUGCUCCUCAUUAAAAGCGCAAGUGAUGUUGCUUGUUCAUAAAAUUUACAUUCUGUUCUUUAAAAAAGUGUGUACAAGUAACAACUAAAGGUAUAUCUAAAGGUAUCCUUACUGUUUGUUCUUUCCUAAAGCCAAUGAGGAAGAAGCUACAUUACAACUGGGGAUAAAAGUGUUUCUGAGAUUCCCACAUAAUAGUACAAAACCCACUGUAGUUGGUGUGAAGAUGUGGCCCUGGAUAAAAUGGUAUAAGCAUAACUUUGUGUUAGGUGACUAGGUUCAUCACUGCUAACUGCCCAAAGACAAACAAUUUAUUUCAUAUUCAAUACAAUCUGACUUCUAACUGUGAUCCUUAAAGCAAUUAUGUUUUAAUAAAUAACACAAAAAUCUUUAUUUCU